AUGUUGUUAUGGCAAAGCUAUGAGGAUGAGGAAACUGUCAUUGGCGAUACCCUUUAUAUACUGGUGGAUGAUGAUCGCCUUGGAAGAAAGUGCAUGGUUGCCUUUUGUACUGUUACAGAGGACAAGAUGGGUCCAUCAAGCGUUCACGGGCGCAGGUAUCAUGCAGCAGUGUAG